UUGAACGAGAGACGAAGUAUGAAACCCUUUUUAAAAAAAUACGGUGCCAAAUCCCUAGAUUGAAAGGAAUCCUAAAGGGAUGCUGUUUUUACCCUUAAUUUUGCCGGAGAUAUCACUGAUUUGUUAUUGUGUUCCUAUCGCUGCGGUACCAUCUCAAUUUGCUUGUUAUUUUGAGCUAUUUUGGUGAAUUUUUUUAUGGUUUUUUUAGUGUUUGUGUUUGUGUUUUUCAUCUGAUGUUCUGAUUCUUUCUUUAUGCUUGAUUUUCCCCUUGUUUUUGAGAUCUGGUUGGGUUGAAUUUGUAGAUAGUGCUCCAGUUUAGCUUUUUUGUUAGAACUGUUGCUUGUUUUGCUGUGGAACUAGCUGAUAAGUUUAGGUAGAAACCCUAGAGAAUUUGGCAGUUGCUGUUGAGAAAACUACUGCGAUAAACUUGAGGAAUUCGCUUGAAAGAAGUGAACUUGGGAUGCGGUUUGGAAUGCCUGUACUUUGGGUUUUAGUUUCCUGAUACUUCAUCCUUCAAAGGGCUUCGAUUUGAACGGAUUGGUUUUUAGAUUCCAAAUUUGGCAUAGUUCUGCUGUUGGUCAUGGCAUCGUCUUCGUGCAAUUCGUUUUCAGAACCGGCGAUUAUGGAGCAAAUUAUCACUGAAUUCUUUACAAAGAGUGUGCACAUCAUUCUUGAAUCUAGGUCACCGUAUGUGUCUUCUCGCAACUAUAGUGGUGAGCAGUUUAUUUCAUCACCAUCACCAUCAUCAUCCUCUUCAUCAUCCAGUGUUCGGCCUCGACACCAAUGGUUCAAUUUGGCUCUUGGAGAUUGUCCUGCUGCACUUGAGAAUUUUGACCUCUGGAGGCAGAGUAAUCUUGAGCCAUUAGUCAUUGAUGUGGUCCUCAUCCGCAGGCCCUCACGCCAGCAUCAUGAUAGCAAGAGUGAGAAGAUUGUGGAGAGAUGGAUUAUUCAGUAUGAGAGCCGCAGCAAUGGCAGUGUGACAAGGGAAUCAUGCCCAGGUGCAAAGAAAAGUAGUGGUGGCAACUCUCAAUCUUCUGAGUUGUCAGCUAUGUACAAGAAGACAUACAAGAAGUCCAUCAUAAUGCUUCGCUCUCUGUAUGCUAUGGUCAAGCUUUUGCCUGCAUAUAAAGUCUUCCGAGAUCUCAAUUCUUCAGGUCAAAUUCGUCCGCUGAGUCUUUCUCAUAGAAUUUCGUCAUUUGCUGAGCCCUUCACUCGGGAGGAGGAGGCAGAGAUGAAUCAAUUUGGUUUCACUCCUGUUGAUACUCCUUGCGGUAGGCUGACUCUAUCUGUGUCAUACCUUAUGAAAUUGGAUGACAUUAGAUCGGAAACUUCAACACCUUUGCCAACACAGGUUAUACCUGACUAUGUUGGCAGUCCAACAACUGAUCCUCUUAAAAGGUUUCAUUCUCUGCCUUCAUCGUUGCCUGCCUAUGCUUCAUUUUCUAGACGGCAUAGUUGGAGCAAUGACCAUGGAGCAACUCCAGUUUCCCAGUCACCUUCACCAACCUACUCCAAUGCAUGUGUCUUCCGAGCCAAUCCAAAUUCUCGUGUUCCUCCUCAUAAUCACCUGCGUGAUAAUGCUCCUUCUGCUUGCUCAGUCCCAAACAAUGCAUCAACAGUGCAUAGGAAAAAAAUACAAGCUUUGAUGAAUAUUGGCCUUCACCUCCAUUGUCACCCUCAACUUCCCCUUGCCCUGCAAUGCAAUUUUGCAAUGAUCAUCAACAUAAUGCCCUUUUGCGCACAGAGAGUGCACCAGUCAAUAUUCCCCUACCCAGGCAUGGGAAGAAUUAUUUGCAAAACCAGGGCUUGCCCAUCUCCUUCUAAGGCCAAGUGUGUUAAGCCAGGGUGUUCUCCUCGGGUAGAUAUUGCUAAAACUCACAUUUCUACUUCCUCCGCAGCACAUACCUCAUCUCCAGAAUGUAAGCUACAAGCAAAGAAGGAACUGUUCAGGAUGGGGGACAUGCACACUGAUAUCAUGCUGCACAAGGCACUUUAUUUGGGUAAAGAUGAAACGGGUAGCCUGUCUGGUUUGAAGAUCUCAUCUUGCACUUCUCCAAGGCUUCAAAUUUCGAGGAGCUCCAGCAGAUUGUCUUUUUUGGAUGAGUUUGAUGAUUCUGAGUUUCCUUGCCCAUUUGCCGUAGAUGAAGAUAUUAUAGAUUCAUGCAACAGUUUUGCAGUGACCUUGUCCUCUUUCCAUAUUAAACACUUCUUAUUGACCAUGAGCCUCAGUAAUGAAGUUUCUGUUCAGUGGUCUUAUGAAAUUCAUGACCAGUGGCCACAAUACAAGAGCUUACAGCAAAGGAAUUUCAGUUCUAUGUUUCACCAGAACAGGAUUGAACCCCUUGACCGGCAAGGACAGACGGCCGAUUACUUGGAGACCACUGGUUUAGUAACUGCCCGAAAGUCCCAAGAAGCAGCAGUUAGUGCCAUUGUAAAAAUGCUAAAGAAUGCUCCACCACUGCGGCCAGAGCCCUCCAUGCAACUCUCUUCACAUGUCAUCAGAGAUGAAACCAGGACCUCAAGCAUGGAACAAAAUACUGUUGCCGAAGUCAUGGCAAGCCCUGGCAGUUCUGCCUCUGUUGCGGGGAUGACAACUUCGGAAUUCAUCAGAUCAAGAACUGUUGCAGAUGCGUUUGAAGAACUUCGGGGUUUCAAAGAGAGGAAAGAAUUGCUGCUUCGGCGAAUUGGUUCUCAGAUUUCAGAAUCUCCAAGCAAAGACUCCUGAGGAUGUUGGUGAAGCCAAUCAAUCCUCAUCUGUACAUAUGUGAUGCAUUUUGAUCGGCCGCCUGAUCCUGCAAGCUCGAGGUAUGGCUGGAACUCGGAAGCUUUAUAGUACUAAUCUAUAUGUAUAUAUCCAUAUAGCGAAAGAAAAUAGAAUUGAUGCUCUGGUAUGCCGUGUUAUUUGAAAAAAUUGCUUAUCUGUGAAUAGUUGUAUAUUCUGGUUGGUAUUUUGUCUUGUGAGCGCUGGGAGGCAUAGAAUUCUUAUCUUUCUCAGUUGCAAUUUGAGACUUAUUUCCGGUAAAACUGUUCAUGUUUAUAGCUACUUGAAGAAAAAUGAAGGUGAAAGUUAGCAA